AUGGAGCUCGCAAAUAUCCCCCAUAUCAAUCUCCUCUGCAUGGAAGAUCACUUCAUCAGCGCCUUCCAACAUGCUCUAGCACAACGCUGGCCCGAAACCAGCACCACCCCAAAACCGACCAUCACCAUCGUCAACACCUCCCUCCGCCAAGUCCCAUCCAGCACAAAGUUCGACCUCAUCGUCUCACCAGCAAACUCCUACGGCUUCCUCGACGGCGCCUUCGACGACGCCAUAUCCCGCGCCUUCUGCCCCCCAAAGCACCCCUACGAUACCCUCACCCAGGCAGCGCAGAGAGUUCUCUACGAGCGGUGGAGGGGUUUCGCACCUCCAGGGACGUGUACUCUCGUCCCCUUUCCGGAUAAACUGAUUGGGGAAAAUGAAUGGGGCUGUCGCUGGGUGGCGAUUUGUCCGACGAUGCGGUCCCCGGAUCGGGUCAACUGGGACCGGGAGGUUGUGUACGAGUGUGCGUGGAGUCUGCUGUGUGAGGUUGAGGGGUGGAACCGAGGUUGUAAGAGAGAAGAGCGGAUUGAGUCGGUUUUGAUUACCCCACUGGCGACGGGGGUCGGAAGAGUGAGUGCGGAAAAGUGGGCGGCGCAGUUUGUGCUGGCGAUGAGGCACUUUGUCUAUGCAUUACAGAGGCCGGAGAGAUUGGCGGCUUUUGGUUGGGGAGGUGUGAUUAGGGACGUUGAGGAGGUGAAGACGACGUGGGAGUUGUAG